AUGAUUGACGCCGACAUUCCCGCAACUCCCUCGCGGCCUGACGAUGUCGAAGACUUCUUUCAGUUCCGUGAACUCGACGCACAUGGGCCGAGGCGUGGACGAGAGAACGGUGGCCGACAUUUGCCGGGUUUCGAUGACGACGACAAUGACAACGACAACGACAACGGCAACUACAACCACAACAACAACCCCGUACUCAUACCAGAUGAUCGCCCUAUUGUGUUAAUCAAGACGGGAGGGUUGAACCUCGGAGACGGCAGAGCCGUACAGCACUUCCUCAAGACCCGGCUUCAGGCAUGCGAUGAAUCGACUGUCACUACCUUGUGUGAGGUUUGUGAAGUGGACACGACGAAAUCCGGAGACGGCGAUACGGCGGCUAUCGAUGGUCUAGUUAGAGCCCUGUUCACAUCUGGACAAGAACGAACCCAGGAGUUUGCAGCGGCGGCAAGGAAGGCCCUUCCAAAUCUGUUUGACGAACGGGGGGUGAAGAAGAAGGUGAAGGAUGGAACGUUCGUGACCGAGAUUCUGGGCGUGGCUACGCGCAGAGCGAGUCCUCACCACGGAAAGUUGAACGAUACCUCGAGGCUCUUCGUAACCUUGUUUCCCGAAGAGAUAACCAAGGGGUUGAUGUUCGAUUUGGACGAGAGUGAGUUUUAG